AUGUUUUUCUAUCAUCUUCAAUUAUUAAUUAAAAAAUCAGCUCGUUAUGCUUGGCGUCGUCGAAUAUGCCGAUGCUGUCCUAAAAUCAUCUUCGAACUAUUUAUUCCUAUUAUAUGUAUUCUUUUGUUAUGUCUUCUCCGUUGGAUACAUACAAGUUCAUCAAAAACUAAUAAUCAAGUACCAUUAUCUAAUGAUACUAUACCAACUCGUAUUCAUGUACCAUCUUCGUCUAUUGUUUCACAAGAAAAAUCUAUGAAAAUUUUAAAUUAUACAUCAGUUUUUCGAUGUCCAUCAUCGGAUAUUUCGAUUGAAAUUGUUUCUAAUAAUUCAUUUAAUCGUUUUAAACGUUUAUGUCGACGAAGUAAUUUUAUUUUAUCAUCAUUUCAACAAUUUAAUGAACAUCUUUUAUUUAAUGAUUCUUUAAAAACACAUAGUAUUAGUUAUCAUUGUCAAUAUAAUAAACAUUUAUGUCAAAAUACAAGUUUACUAAAUAAUAAUAAAGAUUCAUUAGAAAUUCAACAUCCAUCUUCAUAUUUAUGUUCACAUUUAAAUAUUCAAGAAUCAAGUCAAUUAUUAAAAGGUUAUCUUGCAAUUGAAUCUCUUUUAUAUCGUCCAAUAAAAAAACAUCAAUUAACAAUUUUUACAUGGCCAUGUUCAUCAUAUGCAUUUGAUCCUUUAUUUGCUUUUGCUCCACGUUUUAUACUUAUUAUUAUUCUUAUACUUAUUGAUGGAUGUAUUUUAUUUAGUUUUAAUUUUCUUUUUCAAGAAUUAAUUGAUGAAAAACAUCAAGGUAUAACUGAACUUCUUCGUUUACUUUCAAUUCGUCCUUUACUUAAUAGUUUCGCUUGGUUUUUACGUGUUUUUAUAAUACAAUUAAUUAUAGAUAUAUUUUUAAUUUUAAUAUUAAAAAUAUCUUUUGAUGGAGGAAUUUAUUUUACUUAUGUAUCAAUUUGGUUUAUUAUACCAACAAUACUUUUAUGGUCUAUUCAAGUUCUUUCACGAUCUAUACUUGUUGCACAUUUUUUUAAUAGUAUACUUAAAGCAUCACUCUGGUCAUGGUUUAUUUAUUUUAUUUCAUUCUGGUUAGCUAUUUCAUCAUCUGUACAAUUACCAAUGAUUCUACAUCUUAUUGCUUCAGCUUGGUUACCAUUCUAUUCAAUAAAACGAAUUUUUAUUAUUUUUAUACAAAUAAAUACUGAUUUAGGUCGUCAUACAUAUUUAAUGAAUGAAAUUAUUUUUAUUUGGUUAAGUAUGAUAAUUGGUAUAUUAAUAAUGUGGUUUUUAGCAUUUUAUCUUGAACAAAUUCGACCAGGUAAAUAUGGAAUAUCACGUUCAUGGUUAUGGCCAUUAGAUUAUAUUCGUAAUAAAAAAAUAAAAAAACAAAAUAGACGUGAUAGUAUUAAUAUGAAUAUGAUUGAAAUACCAUCAUCAUCAAAUAAUGAAAUAACUGUUCAAAUAAAUAAUUUAACAAAAUCUUAUGGUCGAUAUAAUACUGAACAACAAAUAGCUGUUGAUAAUAUUUCAUUUAAACUUGAAAAUUCUACUAUCUAUGGUCUUAUUGGUCAUAAUGGUGCUGGAAAAACGACAACUAUGGAAAUGAUAUGUGGUUUAUUAUCAUGUGAUUGUGGUACAAUUGAAAUACAUGAUAAAAAUUUAUUUGAAAAUUUACAUGAACUUCAAUCAUGUAUUGGUUAUUGUCCACAACAAGAUAUGCUUUUUUCAUAUUUAACUGUUCAAGAACAAUUAGAAUUUUAUGCUCAUGUACGAUCAAAUAAUAAUCAAAUAGAUUAUAAACAAAUAGAUGAAUUACUUGCUAUGAUGAAUAUGAAUAAAUAUAAUCAACAAUUAUGUCAUACAUUAUCAGGAGGUAUGCAACGAAAAUUAUCAAUUUUAUGUGCAUUUGUUGGUCCAGUUAAUAUUAUAGUUUUGGAUGAACCAUCAUCAUCACUUGAUCCAAUAGCUCGUCGAAUACUUUGGUCAUGGCUUCGAGAACAUAAAACAAAUCGAACAUUAUUAAUAUCAUCACAUUUAUUAGAUGAAGUUGAAGAACUUUGUGAUUCAAUUAUUAUUCUUGAUUCAGGUAAAAUUCGAGCACAAGGUACAAUACUUGAUCUUAAACAACAAUAUGGUCCAUCUAAUGAUCGACUUUAUUUGAAUAUAAUACCAUCAUAUAUACAAAAAGAAUGGAUUAUUGAUGAAAAUAAUCAUUAUAUACAAAUACCUAAUCGAAAACAAUUAAUUUUAUUACUUGAAAAUUUAGAAAAAGAUAAUAUUCAAUAUUCUUUAGUUAAUGUAACACUUGAUGAUAUCUUUAUUAAAUUAACUUCAUCAUCAGAAUCAUUCUCACAAGAUGACAAUAUCAUUAAAUCUCAAAUUGAUACAUUAUUUUCGUCACGAACAAGUACUCAAUCUACGCAUCUAUGGUUUCAACAAAUUUUAGCUGUUUUAAUUCGACGUGGUCAAAUACUUUUGAGACGAGCUCGUCUAUUACCAUUGGUUAUAUUUCUUUAUUUGAUUUAUGCACUUUCACCACUCUAUAUGCCAUCAUUUGCUUCAUCAUCUGAACGAAUUCGUUAUAUUAUUUCAUCUUCUCCUGAAUUUAUAAAUAAAUUAAAUUUGAACAAAUUCGAAAAUAAACUUGCUCCAAUUUUUAAUUCAUCACAAGAAUUUCAACAAUAUCUAUUAGAAUUACCAAUAUGGUCAGCGAAUCAACAUCAUCAAAGAAAAUUAAUUGGUCUUCGAAUAAUUUCUUCUGAUUAUCUUGAAUGUUAUGUUCCAUCACCUGCUCUAUCAAACAUAAUUAGUACAUGUAUACCAAUAUUUUCAUUAUUUUCCAAUCGGUCUAUAUCUCCAUUACAGUUGAUUGGUAAAGAACAAAAAAGUUCUUUAUUUCCAUCUUCUACUAGUUCCAUGUUUCAACAUGACAUAGCCUUUUUUUGUUUUUAUACAUUACCACCUAAACUUCAUUUAUCAAUUAUAUUAAUUUCACUUAUAUUAAUUAUUUCUGCAGCAUUAGUUAUUCAAGAUUAUGCAUCAGGUCUUUAUUCUUAUUCACUUGUUCAUGGUCUUCAUUCAUCAAUUCAUUGGUCUAUUACAUUUCUUAGUGAUUUUAUUUUAUGUCUUCUAUGGUUAUUAAUUCUUAUUUUAAUCGAACGUUUUGUUUAUUCAUCAACAUUUAAUGGUAAAUUUUUUGCAUUAACACCACUUUUUUUUAUUGUCAAUCUUCCAUUUAUAUAUUUAAUUGCAAAAUUUUUUAAAGCACCAAUAUUAGGUGCAACAGUUAUUAUAUUUAUUCUUCAAAUAGCACAUAUUUUAAAUACAUUUAAAGUAUUGAUUGAACUUUUUCGUGGAUAUCGUAUACUUACAAUAUUAAUACAUAUUUUACGUUGGUUAUUAUUACUUAUAUUUCCAAAUGUUAAUGUAUUUACAUUAAUAGUAGCUAUUUUACGAAAAUCUUCAUGUCCAUUUGAUAAUUUACCAUUAGACAAGCAAGGAGAAGAAUUUUCACAUGAACGUUAUCCAUAUAAAAUAUUGAUUCAUACAAUAAUUUUUAUUAUUCAAUUUAUUCUUUAUUUUAUUUUACUUAUUAUUUUUGAUAUAUCAAAAUUACGAUGGAUUAGAGGUAAAAUAAAAGGUGAAAUAAAUCAUGAGGAAGAAGAUAAUGAUGUUCAAAAAGAAAGACAUCGAAUAGUAUCCAUGACAAAUGAAGAAAAACAACAUGAAGCUUUAGUUGUUGAUAAUCUUUCUAAACAUUAUCAUAAUUCAUAUAUUCCAGCUGUUAAUCGAUUAACAUUUGCUGUACCUCAUCGACAAUGUUUUGGUCUUUUAGGAUUCAAUGGAAGUGGUAAAACUACAACAUUUCGAAUGUUAGUAGGAGAAUUACGACCAACUGGUGGUUAUAUUUAUAAAAAUAAAAAUACAUCAAUAGGUUAUUGUCCACAAAAUGAUAUUAAUUUUUCAGCUUUAACUGUUCUACAAUCUAUUGAUUAUAUAUGUCGUUUACAUGGUCUUAAUCCAUCAUUAUUAAACAAUAUAAUUUUAUCACAAUUUCAAUUAGAAAAAUAUCGUCAUCGUUUAGUAUCACAUUUAAGUGGUGGAACAUGUCGUCGUCUUCAUUUAGCUUUAUGUUUAAUUGGUUCACCAACACUUCUUUUACUUGAUGAACCAACAGCAAAAAUUGAUCCAUUAUUACGUAGUCAUAUACGUCUUAUAUUACAAAAUCGUCCUAUUGAUACAUCAAUUAUAUUUGCUUCACAUUCAAUGGUUGAAUGUGAACAACUAUGUGAUCGUUUAACAAUACUUGUUCGUGGUAAUGCAAGAUGUUUAGGUUCACCUGAACAUCUUAAAAAUAAAUAUAGUGCUAAUUAUCGUAUACGAUUAACAUUACUUCAAUCAUCAUUUCAAAUACCAUCACUUGAACGUAUUGAUAAUACCAAUGAAUAUAUAUAUCCAAAAGGUAGUUUAGCAUAUUUAUUUAAAUUAUUAGAACAACUUGUUGAACAAAAUAUAAUUGCAUCAAAUUAUACUGUCGAAUUAACAUCAUUAGAACAUAUAUUUUUGACAUUUCAACACUCUCAAGACAUAAUCGUUUAA